CUCUCCUCUCCCCUCUCUCUCGCUCGCGCAGUCCACUCUCUCCCCCAUUUCCACCACCACUCCGCCUCGCCCUCGCCCUCGCCCUCGCCGGCCGACCGCCGCCGCGACCCGCGUCCUCGAGGGGGGAGGGGCCGCUAUCUCGUCCUCCCCUUCCCUUGGGGGGGACUCUCCGACUUCCGCAGGAGCGGGGGGAGCUAGGGUUUUCCGGCGCGGGGGCGCCGGGGGUUAUGAGCAGCCGCCGCCCCGCAGGAUCUAGGGUUCCGACGACUCCGCUCACGGAUGGAGGGUGGUAGAGGCGCGGGCGACCUCCUCUCUGCAAACACCCAUGGAUUAUGAUGAUACUGAUUUUCAGAGCCAAAAUUUCCAGUUAGUGGGUGAGGACAAUAGUAAGUUUCCAGCAGGUCUGCGGCAAUUUCCACUUCCAAAACUUGACAUCGACGACCAACUACAGAACCAUCUCAGAUUUGAUAAUCUAAUUGAUUCAGAAGGACUUUUUAGCGGACAAGGACACGGCAACAGUUGGAUCGAGGUUUUGUCCACUGGAAGUAGUGUUGUUGAUUUUAGUUCUAGUGCUGCUGAAUCUUGCUCUAUAAACAGGACAAAUAAUGUUUGGUCUGAGGCAACAUCCACUGAAUCUGUGGAAAUGUUAUUGAAGUCAGUGGGUGAAAAUGAGAUGACUGGUAACAUGGAUGAUAAUGCACAUCGUCAGAUAAGUGGUAUGGACAGUCAAACUGACCCAUCCAAUAUGCAGCCCAACUCAAUUACUUCUCCCACAGGUAACAUUAUAGUACCAGCUGAGAAUGAUAAGUCGCAGAGCACUCGUUCGGAAAUGACGGAAGACCCUUCAAUGAUUCAGCCUCAUCUUGAGCAUAUCACACCUUUCUCAGUGGAUGACAAAGCUGAACAAACAGUAGGUACAACUUUAUCAGACAGAAAAUCUUACUAUACACUGGAAUCUGUUUCUGAGAGAUGCAUAGUUAGUGGGAGGUCCUCUUCAAAAAAUACAUCAGAAAACUGUCCAGAUGUUGGUGGCUAUUUUGACGUGGUCCAUGAUGACGAUUCUUUGGACAAUCUCAACAUUCAUUCAGAUGCAGUAGAUUCUAGGAAGUUGAAUAAUGAACCCUUCUCAGACUUGGCUCCACUACAAAAUAUAUAUGCGACCAGCCCAUAUCACUUUGAGCAGGACAACAAAGAAUCGGGGGUUGGUGUUACCACUCAGGGUUCAGAAAUAUGCCACAUGAAUGAAAAUAAAGAUGGGCUUCAUGAUUUGCAAAAUUUGUCAGGUGCAACCCAGCAUUUGGGUGCUUCAAACCUAACUAGUGAAGUUAGCAAUGAAGCUUUACUGUCAGAAAGUUCUGAUGGAUUGCUGGAGGCCAUCACAAAUCCAGUAAAGAUGGUGCACAGGAAUGAUGACACUAGUAAGAGACCCAAUGCCACUCUGCAACCAUCUUUCUUACAAGUUGAGCAUGCAGCAGAAGGCAUAAAAGGUUCAAUUGACAGGAUUGGUGAGCCUGCCAUUAAGAAAUUUGGUGCAAGUGAAGAACCCAAUUCUGCUAAAUCUCAUCAAGUUGAGCCAGAUUUGAAAAAUUCUAAUACUCAUGUUGUCAAUCCUUUGCCAACUAAAUGUAGCGAGUUUGUUCAAUCUCCAAAAGGAACACAGCUUGCUCAUGUUACUGGAGUUUCUGAAGAAACAAAAUAUGGCAGCAUGGAUGAUGCGAAUCUUAGCACUAGUGAUGACUCAAAACUUGGAAGGUUGGAGCAGCAUCAAGAUUCUGUUAUGGAAGAAAAGACAACCAAAGGGGAAAUAUCACAUGUUUCAGGGAAGGUUGUACAUAUUGUGAAAAGUGGUCAUGGUGAAAAAGUCACAGUUUCUACCAGUACAGCUGAUGAUAAGUUUGACUCAUCAGGCAAUGCUGUGCCUGGCAAUUCUUCAGCUUGUUUACCUGAUGAAAAGGAUUCAAGCAUCUACUCGGUUAACCAUGAGGUGUCAUUCAAGGAAGGUGCUGUUCCUGCUUUAAAAGACGAUCCUGGGAACCAAUAUUUUGCACCACCAAAUUCUGGCCAUCAAGAGAAAAAAUCAGCACCAUUCAACAUUUCAAGAAACAAUAUCGAUUCUACUUCUGUUUCUAAACCUUUAAACACAUCAAAGGAUAGUCCUGACUGUUCAGAAGGUAUCACAACCAAUGAUUCUUCUGCUAAUUUACUUGAUAAAAAGCUUUCCUCCAUGAACGGUGAGGGGGAAUUGGAGGAUGAUAAAUUUACUUUAGAAGUUGGAGGACACAAUACCACAUCUCCUGUUUCUGAGACCUUGCUGAAGGGAUCAAUGGGAUCAGUGAAUCCAAAUAUCGAUGCUAUUUGUAGCAGUGGUACUGAUGCUAUUGCAGAAACACAACAAUGCGAAGAACAGGCUACUUCUUCAGGUAGUUUAACCACAAAUGAAAGUCAGGGUAAACCAGGUGAUCAUCCAGAUGCUUCUCCACAAAAAGUCCAGACUACCGGGGCUUUGAUGCAAUCUGAGGGCCACGACGAUUUAGUUUCACCAUCAUCUGCCUUGGGUGUCUCACCUGAAAAGACUGAACAAAAUAAUGGAAAAAGUCCCGUGAAUGGAAUGGAUGAUUCGGGGGUGCAGUUACAAGACAAAGUGUUAAGUCAUGGUGCAGAUCAUCCUCUUGGUACUGUUUCAUCAGCGAACAAGACUGGCUUAGAACAUGGGACUGAUAAUGGAAGCUGCACUGAUGCUACAUGUGGUUCACCAACAGUGAUUAGUUGCAAUGAAUCCUGCCCCGAAGAAGAUAUGCAGGGCAGUAAUGCUUUGCUGCAUCACAAACAAACUGAACCACCCAAGGAUUCUAAAGAUCAUACAGCUGCAACUGACAGUUCCCAUGGCUCAAAAGAAACUUCUUCCAUAAAUGUAAAACCUACUCUUGCUUCAGAGACGACCCAUACUGCCGAAGAUAAAGGUUUUUCGUUUGAGGUUGGGGCUCCAAUAAAUAUAUCUGAGAAAGCUCAUGCUCCUGUGUGGAGCCCACUGCCGAGAUCCGAAGUUGCUCAGAGCCCCGAGGCAACCGCUGGAAUUCCAAAACCUGGAAAUCCAUCGAAGAAUAGUAGCGAUGAAAGUAAGAAACUGGUCUUUAUGGAAACCAGCAAAGAACAGCUAUCUGGAAGGAAAGUGGUUGUAAGUGCUGAGGGAUCCUCUGUGAGCUCACAUGUUGGUCGUAGCACAAAAGCCAAAACUAUACCACUAGAGCAGGAACAACAUUCAACUCCUGAUGUUACUGUUUCUUCUGCAGCUUUGGGUCAUCAGCCUUUCACAGAUCUACAGCACGUGCAGCUACGCGCACAGAUAUUUGUUUAUGGAGCUCUUAUUCAAGGAAUGCCACCAGCAGAACCUUACAUGGUGUCAGCUUUUGGAGAGCCUGCAUGUGGUGGCAAGGCUCCAUGGGGGACACUUUUGCAAGCUGCUUUUGAAAGAUAUAAUAGUCAGAGGUCAUCUUUAACUGGCUUGGAGACUCCUACAAGCUCACGGCUAGGUAGCCGUGUGAUGGAAAAGGCCAGUAAAGGUACAUCGGUUAAAACUGCACCAGCUAGCAAAAAGGGUGGCAAAACUACGUUGCCAGCACAUACUGCUGUGUCCCUUCAUUUGCCAACUUUAAAUAUGUCUCCUCUCAAUAGUUCUGCUUUGAGCAUGCAACGAGGUACUCAUCUGGAUUUUAGCCAGGCUGUAUCACCAGUAUUCCCAUACAGCUCACAAAUGAGGCAACCUACUUCGACUUCUGGUGUUGCAUCAUGGUUUUCGCAGAGCCCUGGUCCGCGUGCUGCGCCUUGGUUGGUUCAACCACAGAAUUUGAUAUUUGAUUCAUCGAUGCAACCACCUUUGUCAGCAAGUGCAAAUGAAACUGCAAAGGGAGCAUCCUCUAAAAAUAUAUCCAUUUCACAAGCUGUUUCACCUGUUGUAUUUCCUCCCAGUCAGGUGUCUUCUACUGUUUCUCCAUUAGCAGUUAUACCUGAGGAAAAACAGAAGGCAUCAGCUUCUACUUCUAAGCGUGGAACUACAGCACAAAAGUCAAGAAAAAGAAAGAAAGCUCCAACAAGUCCAGAACAACCACCUACUGUUGCUUCCCCUCCACUCAAAGCAGACAUUGCAUCUGUUACUCCUGCCGUUCAACCGCCACCAGGCUUCACCUUGUCUACUCAUUCUCCAAGUAGUAUUUUGGCUAGUGGGCUUGUUUCUAACACAGGCUUAAUCACAUCUGUGCCUAAUUAUCAGAUUACUAGUAUCAAGGAUGUGGAGCAAAGAAUCUUUUCGGAACAGAUCUCUGGUUCAAUAGAGCAAUCAAUGGGACAAGCAAAAGGGGCAGGUGUGCAUGCGAUGGAGGCAAGUACACAUGCUGAAGGUAUUUGGAGCCACAUAUUGACAAAUUCAAAAGGCAAAUUACCAGCAGAUGUAGAACAAAAGCUUGCUUCAACUGCCGCUGCUGCUUCUGCAGCAGUUUCUGUUGCAAAAGCAGCUGCAGAAGCUGCUAAGAUGGCGUCAGAGGCUGCAUUGCAGGCAAAAAUGAUGGCAGAGGAAAUCCUUUCUACAUAUGCAAAUUCCUUGCAGAAGUGUGACACUGGUGAAUUUAAAGUCAGUAACAACCUGGCUACUUUCCCAAAUUUGACACCCACAUCCUCUUGGAAAACUAAGGAUAGCAUUCAUCCUUCAGGUUCCAUUAUUUCAGUGGCACGGGAGGUUGCUAGAAAGAGGGUUGAAGAGGCAUCGGCUGCUGCAAAACGUGCAGAAAACAUGGAUGCCAUUCUGAAAGCUGCAGAACUUGCUGCAGAGGCUGUGUUCAAAGCAGGAACCAUCAUUGGUAUGGGCGAGCCUCUACCUUUUACUCUUAGUGAGCUGUUGGAAGCUGGUCCUGAUGGUUAUUGGAAAUCUGAUCAAGUGAGAAAUAAGAAGGCAAUAAACAACAAUAAUGUGGUAACAGAACAAUUGGAUGCACCUACUGUUGUUAGUAAAUCUGGAAGGAAGCGUGGUGGCAAAGCUAAAUAUGACCAUGCCAUACAGAACUUGGAACCAUCUUCUAGUGGCAAAGAACUGCAGCUAGAUGGAAUGCAUUCAGGAAACAAGGGUGAAGAUGUUCCCACCAUGGCUCCAUUCAAUGGGAGCAGAAAUGAUGCAGCACCAAACAUAAUCUGGAAUGGCAUUGAAAAGGGAUCUUCUGUGGAGGUUUUAGCUGACAAGGGUGAGUCUGGAGUAGCUUGGUUUUCUGCCAAAGUUCUUGAUAUAAACAACAAUAGCGCAUGUAUCAGCUAUGACUCUCGCACUGAAGAAGCUGGUCUUCACAAAGAAUGGGUUCCAUUGAAACAGGAGGGGGAGAAGGCACCUCACAUUCGCCUUGCCCAUCCUGCUACUGUUUCUAGAUUGAAAGGAACUAGGAAGCGCCGUAGGGACACAUCAGGAACUUAUUCUUGGGCUAUUGGUGAACACGUGGAUGCAUGGACCGGAGAUAGUUGGCGAGAGGGAAUUAUUUCUCACAACCGUGAUGGUGAUGAAACAAAGUUUUCUGUACAAUUUUCAGCAGGAAGUGGUGAUUCCUUAGUUGUUGAUGCAUGGAAUCUUCGUCCAUCACUUGUUUGGAAGGAUGGGCAGUGGAUAGAGUGGUCCCGAGUGAAGACAGUUGAUCGUAUUAAGGGUGAUUCUCCUCAUGAGAAACGACAAAGAACAAAGGGUAGUGAUCAUGUACCUAUUGGUGGAGAAGCAGCAGGUCCUUCUAUGGAUAAGAGCGUUAACACUGUAACAAAACCAGAGGAGCCAAAGCCGUUGGCAUUAUCUGACAAGGACAUGGUUUUCAACAUAGGCAAGAGUGUAGUUGAGAGUAAAACGGAUGGUGUUGCUUUCAAGCGACCUGGACUUCGGAAGGAAGGAUCAAGAGUGGUUGGUGUUCCAAAACCUGGAAAGAAGAAAAAGUUUAUGGAAGUAAGCAAACAUUAUGAUGCAGAUCAGGUUGACAAAAUUUCUGAGGGUAUUGCAUCUACCAGACCUGUGAAACAUUUGGUACCACAUGUGCCAAGACCACGUGAAGGUACCUCUAAAGUUGAUCAGAAAGGAAAGAGGAUAGGGGAUAUGAGAUCACGAGGACUUAAAUCUACAAAGUCUCAGGAUGGUGCAACUAAUAUCAUUCCUGGCAAAGGAUCUUUAUCCAUGCCAGUCCCAAGCACUGGUGUUUUUGAGAGUAGUUAUGCAUUUGCAGGAAGUACAACAGGUUCUUCCAACAACUUGAACCUCACUGUAGAAAAGAACAGUGCUGCCCAUGGCAUUGGCCUUAGAUCUGAAGAUGCUUCUGUUUCUGAACUGAACAUUCAAGCUGCAUCUACUGCUGCUACUUCCAAAAAGAAUUUAACAACUACUGAUCGAGCUAAAAGGAAACAUGCUCCUUCUAUGGAUAAUUCAAACAGGAUCACAAACAAAGCACCUGAUAUUCCAGGGAAGAGUGCUGAUUCUACUGAACCCAGAAGGUCGAACCGCCGUAUCCAACCAACUUCUCGGUUAUUGGAGGGUCUGCAAAGUUCCCUUAUAGUUUCUAAAGUUCCUGGCGAAAAGGGUCCUAGGACUAACUACAGAAGUGCUUCCUCAAGAGGGCGAACUCUUGGCUGAGGAAUGGAUUUGUGGCGCUGUUGUUGGGAAAACUCUCGUUUUGUACAUAACUGGUUAGCUCGAUGAAGGCAACAGAGGAUAGGAUUGGAGUAAAAGACUUUCCCGGAGAAGGAUGUGCUCAGGUGUAUUAUAUAAGCUUAGCUUAAGUUAGCGGGGUUUAUUUUUUGGAUUGUACUGGACACUUGUGUUAUGUGAUGUAGAGUAGGCAUUAAUCAUCCAAAACUCUCCCGUUUAAUCUGUAUGAAUACAGCGCAAAGGAAAAAUGGGCACAGUUUAAACUCAUCGUCGGUGGUAAACCAUGUGACGGACGUAUUAGCCUUCUGUCUUUUUUUUUGUGUCGAAUUGGUAGAUUGGUAAUCUGUGUUCUAACUU